GCAACGUAGCGCAAAAUACGGCUUUUGCGUUACCUGUAGAAGAUCAUAGGUAGACAUACAUGGUCAGGCAGCUGAUCCCCCAGUGAAAAAGGGCCAGUUUUUCUACGUUCAGAGUUCACAGAGAUUUACGAAUCGAAUUUACGUCCACUUAAUCCGAGGUUUUAUUUUUUACUAGUUGUGCAAUAUAAAGCUCGCCUGACUUCUAGGAGUCCCAGAAACAUCAGGUAGUCUUAUCUUAAAUGAGCUUCUGGGUAAUGAGAUAUAAAAACUCUCGAAUAAUUUACUUAAAUGAUUAGUUUUGGGCUCAUUCUGUAGGAUCCUUCGUAACUGUAUCGCAUAAAUCAGCGUUUAUCAAUAUGUAAAUUAUACAAUAUCACUCCUUGUCUUUUCUUUGUAUUCGUUGAAUACUCACUGUUCUUACUGCAUUUUUUCACGUUUUAGCAAGUUCAGGACAAGUGAAUUCAGCUUGUCACAGCACCUAUUAUUUACGAAGCUUAGUUGUCGCUUGUAUGGUUCUUAUUGUAGCCUACAACUGAGUGUACAACUGCCUAAUUUUUCUUUAAAAAAAAUUCAACGAAUACGUCAAAUCCUUCUCGGUUAAAUUAUGUCCAAACGUUUGCGACCCGCAUAGUAGCAUUAUUGCAACUGCCUUUUGUUCCUCACCGUUACUUCUAGUAUAUCCGAACAAGAACGUUUUUACAAUAACGUAUUCGUUUGCAAACUUUUUAGAAAAAACGACGGUCUGAGUAUAAAAUGCUUGUUGGAACCUACUGCAACAGAAAUAGUUCAUCAACUCAAUGAAAGUUUGUGUGGUCGAACAACUUUUGACAAGUGUAUGAUGCCUCACUCUCAGGGUUCCCGGUUUGCCAUUUAUGAUGAUUAAAUUUUUCAGAUGGGCCGUUUAUAUAGAUUUUCACUGUAAAUACUAGUCUAUAAGUACACGAAAGUUUUGAAAUUUAUUAAACUUGCCUUUCGAAAACAAUACUUUCAAAGAUUUGAUACAAUAUUUUCUAAAUCUUUAUGCUGAAUCCUUUCCCAGUGUAGACAUGAGUGUUCAAUCUUUUCAAUUAUCUGAAUUAGAGGAAAAGGCUCGUGCAAGUGCGCUCAAAAGAGUUUCUGAUCAUUUUCAAAAGCCAGAACAACUGGAUAAGAUAGAUAUUAUUAAAUCUAGAUUUCUAAAUCAAAAGACUGCCACCGAAGCCCAGUUAAAAAUGGCUCUAUAUAGCCAGUUAGACGGCAGUAAAGUCGGUUUGGAAAAACUGGAUACUGCCCUCGCUGAAUCACAAACAUGUAGGAACAGACUCAUCCAAUUGGGAUCUUCACUGUCUGGUUUGUCCGGCUUAUCACAGCAGUUGCAUGAGUUAAAAAAUCUUUCAACUAAAUACAGUCAACUUGGUGCUGCUAUGGAAAAUAUGAGUUAUCUUGUGAAGGCCCCUGAAACAUUUGAACAGGCUCGAAACUAUCUGGAGUCAGAAAAUCUCUUAGAAGGUCAUAAACUAAUGCAGGAUUUGGAAGGAAUUCGUGAUGAACUGAUGUUUGAAGUGUAUCGACAAAAGUCUAUGGAAGAUUUAGAUACAUUGCGUGCCUUUUUCCGUGAGCUUGAAAAUUUAAAUGACACGUUUAGACAUAAAAUAAUUGUUCUUGGAUCACGUUUAACUAGUGCAGUAAUUACUCACAAUCGCUUUGUUGUUAAUUGUGUACGUGUUAUUGACCGUGAAGAAAGAACUGAUGCUAAUUGGCGGAAACGAUCAGAGAAACAUGGUUUUAUGCCAGAUGGACGACCGAAACAAUGGAAAAAACUGUUAUUUGACAGUAUAUUUAAUACUAUAAAAAAUAAGGUGUUUGGAAGCGCGCUAGACAAUGAAAAUGAUAAAAAUAAAUUAGUUCGACACAAUGAAGCCAUUAGACAGCAUACGCUAGCAGAUUUGAAAAUAGCAAAAAAUAUAUGCCCAACAUAUUUUCCAGCAGAUUAUGCUAUAUUUGAUCGAUUUGUUGAAAUGUAUCAUGAAGCUAUCGGAAUGCAUGUUGAAAGUUUAGUACUUGAGGGUCUAUCUGAUACAGAGAUUGUACAACUACUAGGUUGGAUAAAUUCCUAUCAUACUGAAGAAUUCAUGAAAAAUCCUUUCAUGAAUAUUGACUUUAAUCGAUUGAAUUUAAGACAUCCAAUUAAUUUGUUACCUGAUGAAAAAUUAAAUUCACUUCGAAAGCAGUAAGUUU